AUGGCGGCAAAAAACUGCGUCUUUUCUAGUACGAGAGCAGUCUAUCGUCAAAGUAUUCUCCAAUCACCCACUCGAAAACGUACCAACUCAGAGGUCCAUGACACUUCGCAGCCACGGAAAGCGUUUGGCGACCUUGACGACACGGUGGAUUCCGACACUUCAAUCGAGAUAUUCGAGGGUAACCUGUUUUCAGGGAAGAAGAAACUGAAGGGGUGCAAAGGACUUGUGUGGGAAGCAACCCAAGCCCUUUAUUCUCGUGAAACCGUUCCCGCAGAGUCUGCAUCCUUCUCCUACCAGACUGGGAAGCGCAAGCUCACCAAGGCGCGUAGAGCAACAUCUGGCCCAAGCUCAUGGCUUUCUUUUCUCCCGUUUUCAUCCUCCAAAACUACGAAACACGACUAUGAGUUCAUGCUUACGCUUAUUCACGACCUCGUCGUUCCUCCGCCAACCAACUCCGCUAACUUGAGUCCCAAAUCUCCGCAAUUGGCCCAAGCAGAUCCACAUGAAAUGCUGGCUUCCUACGCCCAAACAUGCUCUGCGAAGCACCUGUCGCUGUCUACGCUUCUUCAAGAGCCGGAUAUAGCAGGUCACACUGCCAUCUAUUGA